GCGACCGAGCAAGGGAUCCGCGCGAGGGCUAUGCCUGUGAGCAGUGGGGAGGAGCGGGGCAGAGAUGGCAUAAAAGUUGGAGCGUUCGGAGGAGCCGCGCUCUGGGCCUCCCUCCCGUUUGGAGAGCUUUCCCAUCUUUUCGUGAACUCUUCUCGUACCAGGUGCCUUCUGUCCCCUUGCAGAAGAGAGUUCUGUCAGCCGUUAACGUAGUUUCCUCUGUAGCUCAUAAAAGCCAGUUUUUGAUCUCCGAUUAAAAGUUUAAAAAGAGGGUUAUUAUUAUUUUUUUUAAAAAACCCCAAACAUAUUGUAGGAGCAACAGAGGAGGAGGAUUGAAUUUCUGUGUAGCUCUUGGCUCUCUCCAGCUAAAAGCUGGACGUGCACCUACAGUUGCUGAAUGCAAGCGAUUCUGAGCUUCUCCAAGCGUGGCAGUAGCAGCUAUCACAGAUGUGAGUGUGUGCUUAACUCUUUCCUGGCUCCCUGGAUUUGUACCAUGCUCAAGAUCCUUACCAAGAAGCUCAGGAAUCAGAGUUUGAAUGAGAUCCAGCCCUUCAAGUUAAAGAUUUCCUACCCCCCAAGUGAUGAGGAAGACAGUGAUGAUUCUGAGGGAGAGAACCAGGAACUUGCUCAGAUUGACAGAGAGAGAAGACGGAAUUGCACCUUGACUCCCUUGGCAAACAAUCAACUGCAGAACCAAGAAAAUCAGUGCUGCAAAAUGCGGGCCCACUUUCCUACAGGCCUUGAUCGUCACAGCUCUGAAGAGGAGCUGGAACGAAUCAGCCGCGAGUUUGCAGCUGAGAAACGGAAGUGGUCACAAGUCAACAGACUUGCCUGCUGUGGUGACAACUACAAUACUUCCUCUAGUGAUGAGGAAGUGAAGAACUUGUGUGGCAUGUCCUUCCGACCUGUUGUAGAGGCAGCGGAUGGCUUCCAUGCAAGCUCUAGUCCAGUGCUCUUCAGUGCCUCGCCUCCUAAGAGACUCCAGUCUUUUGGACGAACCCCAACAUCCCGGCCUUUAAUCUUCACAAGUGUUGGAGACAGCUUUGAGCAAGUGAUGCCUUGUAAACGACACCGGCAAGGCUAUGGAGACAAGGUCAGUAGGCCCAGCCUUGACCUGGAAAAAAUGCAGCAGAAGAUGCUAUUUAAGAAAAGCUGUGGAGCAAAGUCACGAGUGAUCAAAAUCCGUCAUAUCAAUGGGAGCCGACCACCGCCUCACUUCAUGUACGACCCAUCAAUCUUUGCCUUCCGGUCUCUGAGCACUUUGAAGCCUUUGAGCCCCAUCGCUCCAGCUGAAGAACCAUCGUGUGCCUACUGAAGGAGAUACUUGAAGCUCUCAGGAAUCAUUAUACCAACCAACUGCCCACCAGGGACUAGAUGUGAGAGGGCAUUUGUUUGCAAUGAACACCCAAGAUCCCUGGUACUAUGAGAUGGGUGACUUUUCUCUCAUGUCUGUUUUUUGUGCCGCUGUCAGUUCUGAGGAUCGGCAGAAAUGGAAUGUAUGUGUGUUGGGCAAGUUGGGCUCAUAAGCCAUAGUGCCAUUCUGGAGAUGUUACUAGACACACAGGAAGCCAGUCUCUUCUAAAAGGAAAGUGGCAUGUUGCACUAAUGAGUGAACAGCCACCCAUGUAAUAGAAAGUGAAGAGUAAGCAGGCUUUUAUGAUCUCCCUUCCCGAACCUGGUACAGCUGUUCUCUCUGCACAGUGAUUUCCCCAGUUGACUAGCUCCUCUCUGAGAAGUAGGAAGAGUUAUUGGCUGUCUCUUGACUAUCAAGGUCAAGAUGGAUCUGGUCUUAGCGAUCCAUGGAAGCUGAGUUUGUUCUGCUUUGUGUGUCCCCAUUAAAAGGCUGGCGUGGGAGGUACACCGUGAUUGUGCCGCUUCAGACAUGGUACAGUUAUGCACUGGCACACUAUACCCCAGCUGAUUUUUUUUUCCAUUUGGGGAGGGGGGGUGUCUAUGUGAUAUGCUGCCUGUGCUGUCUGGAAUUACAGCAGCAUGGAAAUUCAUGAUACGUUGCAUGGGGCAGAUGUUAGAUGGGUGGUAAGGGGGAAAGAAAGAAGGGCACAGCCACGUUAAAAUCACUUCUCUGUGGUGGUAGCCCGUAUGGCUUUAGAAUAGAAUGAAACAACGGCCUCUCCCAGGUGGUCACCCUGUUCACAUGUACACUGCAGUGACGUGGGAUAGCAUGACAGGGACCUGUGUGUGAGUGAAAAGAGACUUUGGUUUCAUCAUAGUUUUAAGUGGAGGAAAGUCUUGGAAUACGGUACCAUUAGAACUUGGGACAAAAGCUGGCAACUGUUCCUAACCUUGAACUCUUGCUGGUAUGAGUGAAACAGAGAAAGGAAGAUGGGCAUGUUUUAGUAUGCACAUCUUAAUGGAAGGCAGACAUAGAACUCUAUGUGGUUGCAGUUUCUUUUUCUAUGCCAUUUAUCUUGGCCUGUUGACAUAAGGCAGGCUGGUUAAGCAUGCUGUUAAAGGGCGCACAUUCCACAUUACUAUCCCAUAACACUUACACUGUAUAUUGGGGGUCUUCGGAACUCAGGUUCUGAACCUCUGUUCUAACACACAUGCUGCAUUAUUCUUUGUCCAGGUGUAGUUGAGGACAUUAAUUCCAAAGAGUCUUAUCUGCAUACUAAUAGCAUCGUGUACAAUCCUGUGAACAUGACUGCUGUGCAAUCUCUAUUUUUUUAUUUUUAAAAAUACACCAAGAUUUGUACAAGUAUGAACCAGUCAUAGUAUGGCAGAACUCUUGUUUGCUGUAAUUAGGAACGUGGAUCUUAGUCUGUGAACAUAGAACCUGGGCCCUCUGGCAAAAAGCCCGUCUCGCUUGUUCUCGUCAGCUGGGACCCUGUACUCUGUUACCGCUUGUUCUCUCAUGUGAAGUGUCUGUUCUCUGGCCAUAGGCACUUCCAUGUUUUUCAAGGAGCCUAAAUGCGCCUAGUGGCAGAGGAAUGUAGUCUUCAGCAGAGGACUGCCUCUAUGGCAGACAAAGAGGAGCAGAAACAUGGUACAGGAUGCAAGCCAUUGGAUUCUUAAGGCCAGAAGCCUUCUAAGCUGUGGAAGCAACUUGACCCUCCUGCCUUGAGAUCUUCAUGUAAGGUGAUGUCUGCAUAGGUGGUGAUAGCAGGGGAGUGGUAGGAUAAAGGACUCCUGUAUUUCUGGGCUUAACUGCCCCAGUCUGUUUGUAAGGGCAAUACAGGGAUGUGAGCAACCUUCUUUUCACCAGCAUUAAUGGGGUAAAAAACAGGCUGAUUUUUCUUUGCUUACUUUGCUCUUUCAAAGUGUGUUGCUUGUCCCCCUCCCCUUUUUGUUCCUCCAGUGAAUGGGGAGAGGGUGUUUAUUUUCUGUCUAGUUUUAAUUCUAAAGAUCACCUUUGCAGGCUCUGUGGUCAGUUGUGCCCAGUGGCAGUUGCCGUCCCUGUGGACUUGGCCUCCCCAUAAUGACAAGGGUAAAUAUAACCUGUUUGGCUAUUUCUGCAGACUAGGCUUGGCCGAUAAACAGCCAGUGUGUGACGUGGUCAGGAAACGUUUGGGGUGGUACUUUUCAUGCCCAAUGAUAUCCACUUGUUCCACAGAUACCGCUGAAUGCGUUGCUGCUUUUGCAGAGCAGGCUGACAAUUUCUGAUUGGCCUAGGGGGAUGCUGUCCCAUAUGAUGCUCCGAGAUGAAGGAAUGGAGGGGAGAUGACCUCUGUCAAUGUUGCCUUUUUUUAGUACUUUUGUAAUAUUUGCGUCUUUGUUCCCCCCCUCCAAUCAAAACAAUAAAGUUACGUUUUAA